GGGGGCUGGGACUGCGCAUGAAUGGUCACAGCACAGGCCACCGCCUCCUUCUGCUCGGCGCCUCAGUCAGCCGGUGCCACCCCACAUCUGCCCAGCGAGAGCUGCCUUCCCCAGCGCCGGGCGGUUAAAAAUGGCCAUCAGAAUGACAACUACGUUGCUUUAUAACAUGGUAUUUUUGCUAGCAUUUGGAUUGGCUUUGGCUUCUAGUCACAGUCCUAGGACCCCAGAUAAAGUUUCCGAAGCAGAUAUUCAGAGACUCCUUCAUGGGGUUAUGGAACAAUUAGGCAUUGCCAGACCCCGAGUAGAAUAUCCAGCACACCAGGCUAUGAAUCUAGUGGGUCCACAGAGCAUUGAAGGUGGUGCUCAUGAAGGUCUUCAGCACUUGGGUCCUUAUGGCAAUAUUCCAAAUAUUGUGGCUGAGUUGACAGGAGAUAAUAUACCAAAGGAUUUCAGUGAAGAUCAAGGCUAUCCUGACCCUCCAAAUCCCUGCCCUAUUGGAAAAACAGCUGACGAUGGAUGUCUACAAAACACACCAGACACAGCAGAGUUCAGUAGAGAAUACCAGCUGCACCAACACCUUUUUGAUCCAGAACAUGACUAUCCCAGCCUCGGCAAGUGGAAUAAGAAUUUUCUCUUUGAGAAGAUAAAGGGUGGACCAAAAAGAAGAAAAAGGAGUCUGAACCCAUAUCUGCAAGGACAGAGACUGGAUAACGUUGUGGCAAAGAAGUCUGUUCCUCAUUUUUCAGAUGAAGACAAGGGCGCUGAAUAAGCACAAUAAAAAUGAAUGAUGAAAACUCAUGCCACCCUCCCGUAGAUCAUAAUAUUGCUUACAUAUAAUCAGCUAUUAAAAUCCUUGCAAUGGCAGCAUGUUUAUUAUUUAUAUAAUUAUGGAUGAAAAACAGAUGUAUUUAUAACAUUGUUCUCCUGGAUAAUGAAAAUAUGAUUCUGCUUUCUGUUAAAUUAUGGUAAUAGGACCUUUUAGUUGUUUUUGUUUUCAUCAUGGAGCGAGUUUUUAAAAUAUAGUCAUUUUAGUAACUAACAUGAGUUAAAUAGCAUUAAACAGCAGCUUGUAAAACAGAAGAUAUAAAAAAUUGUCCAGUUUAAUUCCAGUGUUUAUUCUUAUAUUUUCCCAUGAUUGACACAUGAAAAUUAUAGUUUUAUUUUUUGUUGACAGAUACUGUGAUUUAACAAACUGAAGUAAUGAUAAAUGUUGUUUUAUCCAGAUACUUUCAGCUUUUGGUCUAUUUUAAUAAAUAUUCAAGCAAUCUACAGUGUUUACAGAGUGACAUUUUCCACAGUAUUUGGAGGAUAAUCUGCCUUAGCUGUUGCUGUGCUAACUAGAAAACUGUGGUUUGAAUCUAUAUACUGAAGUAUUUUUCCUGAUCAGUUUUUAUCAUUUCACUAUCUCAUCCUUCCCAGAUACUCACACUCUCACCUUGGCUACCUGCUGGUACUUCUUUAGUUUGCAGACUAUGAAAUCCAAUUUUUUUUGUGAGUGGCUACUGCAUUUGCAUAUUUAAAAAGCAGCCCAAUUCAUACUCCUGUGGAAUGCUAUGACUGAGGAAAAUAACAUUUGUGUCUGAUAACAAAGAUUUCAAGUCAGAUGUAGCUUAUUUGUAAGUGGGAGGCUCUCCGUUGUUUUUGGACAUAAGGUGUCCUGUCAACCUAAAUUCCAGGUCAUGGGCCCCCUCUAAUAAAACAGGGAUGAUCUUAUAAAAAUCAGGACAGGUACCAACCCUACCUGGCCCCAACCCAGCACUUUAAAUAUUCAGUAUGACCCUUAGCCUCACCGCAAUACAGUCAAUACAACUCUCAUCAUCAGUCAGCUGAUUGGCAGUCAACACAUGCACCUCUAAAUAUCCAAACUGGGCUAUAGUGCAGAUGAGAUUCCCAGCUGUAGGCUAAUCAAUAGACCUCAUCCUGGGCCUUCAACUGUACCAAUAGUCUGGCGAUGGUAAGCCCCAUAUCAGGCUACGUAAAUUACUUGCUUUGCUGCAAGAGAAAAAAGGUGAAAAGGGACCAGCAUCUAUUUCAUGGGCAUUUAAUACUCCUGUGGAAGAAGCCAGGUGAAAACCUGAAAACCUGUAGUCCCUGCUUAGCAGCCUAACCGUUGGUGCUCCACCACUGGUCUUUAAGUUGCAACUGGUUAGCUCACCUCAGACACCCUUGUCAUGCUGGUGGACUGGAGGAGGAUGCUGUUUCCUUCCUAAACCAACAAAUUGAUAUCCACCUUACAGUCAGAUGAGCUGUGAUGGGGCCACCAGAUCCAAUUUUGUUACUUCUAGAAGCUAUCUGGCAUUGCUUUCCAACCCAACAGGCCACAUUACUCACUUGAUAUGUAUUUUUCCUACAUAUCAAAUGCCCUAGAUUUUAUAGCAAAUGGGCUCACCUUAUAUUUAUAAACCUCAACCUGUGAGACAAGAUACACCCCACUCAAAACAAACAAACAAACAAAACAAAACAGAACAAAAAAGCUCAACAACUUAGAUUAAACAAAAUGAACUAGGUACAAGACUGACAAGACUGAUAGGAGCUGAAAUUCUACUUGAGUUUAUAUGCAAGUUCACCAGAUUUCCAAAAACUGGACUGAAGUGAAUUUUGAGUUUCCUAUUGUAGCAAUUAAAGCUGAACAAAUAAUUAAUAAUAUAUUAUUUAUUCACUGAUUUCUUGCCUCUCUCAAACUUUGCAAGCAGAUUGCAAAACUCUAGAAUUCACUCUACCUUCUGAAUUCAUCGUGCGUUGCUUCCCAGUCUUUCAUUUCUUACAAAGAUUGUAUGAACAGAAUCUUUGAGUUGAAGGGAGUAUGUUGUAGGGUGAGAUUUGUAAUUGGAUAGGGCAAGAUGCUGAGCAACCUCAACUCCCAAAAACUUCAUCAGACAUUGACUGUACGCAGGAUUUCACAGGGUCAGAUCCAUACUUCCUACUUAUCAAGCUUACUCAACCCUUUAACUUGUUUUCCUGCUUAUUCUCCAUUCAGACCAGUAGUACAAAGAAAUGAUUCAUUAUCAUAGGUUGGCUCUAAAAUAGAAACCAAGGGCUAUAUGUCAUAGCAUCAGUUUCAGAGCAGAACUUUCCAUUGAUUUCACUGGCCCAAAAUAUAUCCCUAAGCUUCUAGCUUUGCGCUGCCUGCUGUGGCCAGACAGAAUUGUAGCAAGACAAGGUGGAUGAGGUAAUAUCUUUUAUUGGACCAACAUCUGUUGGUGAAAGAGGCAAGAUUUCAAGCUCCAGAAACCCGGAGAAGAGCUCUGUGUAGCUCAAAAGCUUGUCUCUCUCACCAACAGACAUUGGUCCAAUAGAAGAUACUACUUCAUCUGUGUUGUGUCUCAAGUAGCCGGGGACCAACAUGGCUACAACAACACUGACAGACAGAAUUUGAGUUAGUUGAGGCCUUUCCACACUGUUAGGUCCCAUAGAGCUGGAAGAGUGUUUCUUCAGAUACCUCCCUACCCCAUGCCUUCUACACUGUUAGGAAAAUGGUUCUACAGGGUCUCCAGGUUUACCAUAUAAAGAAAGCCCAUUUAAUUAAAGACUCAACCACUAAAGUGACUCAUUUUUUCAAUCUUUUAAUCCCUUUCAUAUGCCAUUCCAUGUUAUUUGUACUUUGUAAAUGCAUAGCAUAUAAAGGGAAGAGUGGGAUGUGUGGUUUGCUUAAUACCAUCAAAAAAAACCUAAUGUCUGGUUCCUUUAAGAGCAGCAGGCCUCAGUCUCUUUAUCCACACUACAUGGUGAUGUGAUAAUUAGGCACCACGCACCAACUAGAUUACUUCUGAGGUACCGUCUGAUAACUGUUUACAACUUCAACAAGGCUUGAGAAGCUGAGCCUCCCUCAGUCAUAGAUCUGUAUGGAGAUGGGAAAACAAGUUCUAGAGUGGUGGAGGGUUGUUUGUUUGUUUGUUUUUAACUUUUUUAAACUUCAUGUUACCACAAAUUCCUUAAAGGAAUUACCUGCUAAAUGAAAUCAAAUUUAUGGCAAUUUGCUGAGUCCAUUAAGCCCCUUUGACUGUAUAUGAAAUUAGGACACCCCCAAAACACUAUUGAGAAACUUUAACCUGUGGCUUUUGUAUUCUUGAUAACAGGAUUAACAAUUCUAUCUUCAGCUCUGUGUAUGGUCUGCCUUUCUGAAAUGGGAUAGACAGGUCCUUUCACAAUCAAAAGAGACCAAAGAUCCAAAAAGAAUUGUAGUUUUACAUAAAGACCCCUCAAUAUCUUCCUCAGACAUGCCAUAUUUCCGCUCUUAUGGAGUCAAUCAGGAAAUAUGUCAAAUACCUUUUUUUUCAGUUAAUUGUGCACAUUGCUCAAAUACAGUAAUAUAGUUAUAUGGCACAUCAGUCAACAGUAGUUGAAUUUUGGUUUGGUUUUGGGAAGUGGAGUUUCUGAAAAAUUUGAAUUCAAACAUUUAUGAUACUUUAGAACUCAAGAACCACUUUAUGUUGCUACAGUUGUUUUAUACUUCAACUCUUUAGAAUUAAAAACUUUACAUUGUUAGGUAUUUUACAAAUGUCAAGGGGCAUAAUUAACUCUAAAGUGUUUUAAGAUACAAUUUGUAUGCAAGAAGCUGUACAAAAUAAAGUGUAUUGCAUUGCAAUGAAAUUUUUGUCUGGUAAAAAUAUCUAAGAACUUUCUAUAACAUUUGAAGUGUUAAGUA